AUGUAUUUUAAAGUUUUUUUCCUUUUAUUAAUCUUGCCAAUUAUUGUUCCUGCAAGAGUUCCGUAUAGGCGUGCUGCUACUUUGAAUGAACGUCAAGCUCUCAUCCGAUGCCCGCCAUGUCCGGGACCUACUGCUACUGCCUUUGUGGAAGCCCCAACGAGUACUGAGACUGUGACUGAGCGUGAAAUAAUCACCGAAAGUUGCCCAGAGCCUACUAGAACUGUGACAAUUACUAAACAUGAGAUAACUACUGUAACCAAAACCAAAACCAAAGUUCAAAAUCGUCCAGUAAUGAAUGAUGAUGCGGCUGUUGAAUAUUUAGAAAAAUUACAACGCGUGAAGGGAGUUUUUGAUCCUGUCUUUUAUGUUGAAUUAUGGAUGGCCGCUUUAACUGGAUUGGCAGAAGAAUAUGGCGAGUAUUCAGGUUCAGGAGGUCAUGCUCUUUUAUGGAAAAGUUUUGUACUAGUCAAGCUUCCUACAUUAAUCGAAAAGCUGGAAGCAAGAAAAUCAUCAAAACUUGGUGAAAAUGAAGAAAUUAAAUUUGGGCGUCAUGAAUGUGUGUUUAAUCAGUUGUCCGGAUUUCGAGGAUUAUUAAAUGCAUGUAAUCAGCCAGUGGAUGGAAUAAUUGAUAUUUUUCUUCAGGUUCCUGAUAUAUCAGCUGAUAUUUUGAAAGUAUGCUUUAAAAAGAAUCUUUUAAGAAGAGAAUUUGUAUUACGAAUAUUGGAACUCGAAUGGAGUGGAUUUAAUUCUAUGGAAACCGAUUCUUACGCUGGUAGCAUCCUAAAUGAUCCUAAUAGUGAUAUGAUAGAAAACCUUGUGUCCGCGGUUCCUACGCAUUUUUUGGAUCAGGAGUCAAGAAUAGAAACGAUAUUAAGGCUAAUAACAGAGUGGUGUAAUAAUCGAGAAUUACGACAUUUGUCAAUAUUAUGUCAUUUUCUUAGCGAAACUUCUGCCCUUCUUGAUAUUAUUCAUUUAUAUCGUCAUCCUUCUGAAAUUUUACAACCUUUCGAACAAUUGUGUAAUACAUGGGAAAGAUCUGAUGACGAUGACUUUGAGUCUUACCUUCAAGAUUGUGAAAGUUUUGGCACCAUAUUUCUAUUCUUUGUCAAUAUAAUUGAUAGAUAUGAGAAUCUUAAAGAUAUAUUAUGUGAUGAUAAAGGUUUUUGUCAUAUGUGGAUCCUUCAAUCAUCAGUGGUGUAUGAAAAGAGAUCCCUUACUAUGAAAAAGGCAGAUAUGGUUGAUUUUUGGGUCAAUGCGUUAUCUUCAAUUGAAGAUAUUCCUAAAGACCUUAUAUUGGCAACUAAUCCUCGAAUCCUAAUUGAGUUGGCACCAACAAUAUUCAAGCGAGCACUUGCUGGAAUUGACAAAGAUUCUGAAAAUUCUAAUGGAGUAACAUUUGAAACAUUGUCAACAAAUCUUGAAUUUUUUUUGAAACCUCAUUCAUCAUACGCAUUGGUUGGAGCUAUUCAAUGGUUAUGUGAUGAUAUUUUCUUUAAAGGCCAGAACACGAUUUCAUCAAAAGUCCUUAAAAUUUUGAUAUCAUCAAAAGAUUUUCCUAUUUCAGUUUCGAGAUUAGUAGCAAACAAAGUGAUGAACAUUUUAGAUAAUUCAUCAGGUAGUUUACCAUCUGUGGAAGAUAAUGAGACUGAUAUUAGACUAAAACUUGCCGCUGCAAGUAAUGAACCAGUAUUAUCAUCCUCAAAACAUUCACCUGAGACACUUUUUUCGCGUUUUUGGAUAAUGUUUAAAUCUAUUGUCUAUGGUGGACGUCAACGAAAAUCCACACCGGACAAUAUGAAUAUUGAAUAUGAUAUUGAAUCUCCUCAGACGGACUUAUCCUUAAAUCUGUCAUGGUGGGGACCACAUCAUUUAGAUAUUAGUUUGUUUCGAUCAUGUUUAGAAAUUCAUGGACCGAAAAUCUUUGUUGAUUUGAUUGUAGAGGAUAUACUUAAUACUAGUCAAAAAGGUGUUGGCUACCGAGCUGCCGAACUUGGUGCCUCAUUAAUUACAAUCCCUUUGUGUUACACAUGGAAUGCACAUCUUCAUCCAAACAAUCUCAUUUAUAUCUUUUUUUCGGAAGUGCUUGUUCGUGUACUUGACAAAAAGGUUACCUUGUAUGUACAAGGACAAGCUUUAGGUAUAAUGACUUUAUUCGUAUUAAUCACUUGGAACAUUCAGUCUAAUGCAUCAACUAAGAUCGGUGGGAAGGGUAUUUAUGAAGUCUUUAUUGAAUAUAUAUUACCAAAAUUUCAAAAUCAAAAAAAUGAUAAUGAAAAUGGUAUAAAUCAGCAUAAAGAAACAUGGAGUAAACUUAUGUAUGGACCUACAAGAGGAUUUAUUGAUAGUUUAAUCUCUAAUAAUGAUCUUAUUGAAGAAGUACCACAAUUGGCUGUGUUUAAAGGUUAA